UUUUACUCGUCAGAUUAGGAAUAAUGUCGCGCGGGCCGGAUAGAACAUUUCAGGGGGCCGCAUCUGGCCCGCGGGCCGUAGUUUGCCCAUCACUGUUGUACACUAAAUGAAAGUAAACUUCACAUUACAGGGGGAAAAAAAAGGAAAUACACGAAGUAUCAUUAGCUAUUGACAGGCAAACUGAGAGAAAUGUCACUAUAAGUAUAUUUGGAGAUUAUUUCACCUAUGACAUGCUCAGAAGUCAAUGAAUUGACUAUCAUAAGAAGAGAGAGAGAUACGGGUGAAGGAAUAAAAUGUCAAGUUGAAAAUCCUGUCGUAGAAGUAAAUACUUCUGAGAGACUUCAUGAACUGAGAGAGAAAAUAAAGGAGAACAAUUAUUCUGCUUACAUUAUACCUACAGAUGAUGAACAUCAAAGUGAAUAUGUUGCUAAAUAUGAUCAAAGAAGAACUUACAUAUCUGGUUUUAGUGGAUCUGCAGGAACGGCAGUUGUUUUACUGGACAAAGCCGCCCUUUGGACGGAUGGACGUUACUUUUUACAAGCUGAAGACGAGUUAGAUUGUAACUGGAUACUGAUGAAAGAAAAUGAAAAUGACACUCCUGAAAUUUUUGAGUGGUUAAUCAAAAAUCUGUCAAAUGGUUCUGUAGUUGGAGCCGAUCCUCGUCUUAUUAAUCAAAAAACUUGGAUCAAAUGGGAAGAAAAAUUAGCAAAGUCUGGAGUGAUUUUAAGAGGAGAUUAUAAAAAUUUGAUCGACGAAAUCUGGUCAGAGAGCAAUGGUAGACCUUCCCCUCCAACAGACAAAAUAUUUAUUCAUGAUAUUAAAUAUGCAGGAAAAUCUUUGGAAGAAAAAAUAGAUCAGCUCAGAACAGAAAUAAAAGAUAAGGAAGCAGACUGUAUCAUAGUGACUGCUUUAGAUGAAGUAGCUUGGUUAUUUAAUCUAAGAGGCUCGGAUGUUCCGUUCAAUCCAGUUUUCAAAUCUUUCGCACUCAUCUGCCAAACAGAAAUGAGGUUUUAUGUAGACCAAAAUAAAAUGACGGAUGAAGUCAGACAUUAUUUAUCUAACUCGUCUAAUGAAGAUUAUUUAAUUCAGCUGAAAGAUUAUGCAGACGUCUAUACCGAAAUAGAAAAUCUAGCAGAUAAAAUAGGAAAAGUAUUAGUUACUUCACAAUCAAGUUAUGCUAUUUACAAUUUAAUUCCUGAAGAAAAGAGAAUAGUCAAAGAAUCACCUGUAUUAUUAAUGAAGACUGUAAAAAAUCCAACUGAAAUUCAAGGAAUGAAAGAUGCUCAUAUCAAAGAUUCAGUUGUUGUUAUUGACUUUGUGGCUCUUCUGGAAGAUGAUGUUAAACAUGGUAAAUAUUGGGACGAAUUGAAAGCCAUGGAAACAAUUAGCCAACUCAGAAGACAACAGGAAUUAAACAGAGGCGAUAGUUUUGACAGUAUUUCUGCUUCGGGAACGAAUGGUGCUAUAAUUCAUUACACUUCUAAACCAGCAACUAAUAAAGCAAUCGAUACAGAGAACAUGUAUCUGCUGGAUACAGGAGGACAAUAUCUAGAUGGAACAACCGAUACCACUCGAACAUUCCACUUUGGAAAUGCUACAGAUUUUGAAAAGGAAGCAUACACUAGAAUUCUUAUGGGAGUAAUAGAUCUUGCCACAACAAUAUUCCCAAAAGGAACUAGAGAUACCGAUCUUGAUAUAUUUGCAAGAAGACAUUUAUAUCAAGUGGGACUCGACUAUAAGCAUGGAACAGGCCACGGAAUUGGGCAUUUCCUCAACGUACACGAAGGUCCCACUCGUAUUCGAAAUCCAAAAACGUAUUUAAAGGCUUCCGAACUUGAACUUGGGAUGUUUGUAUCAGAUGAACCAGGUUAUUAUGAGAAAGGUAAGUUUGGCAUUAGACUGGAGACUACUGUUACUGUCAUAGAAGCCGAUCCACCUUAUAGGUAUGAUAACAAGACAUUUUACACAUUUGAGCCAGUUGCAUUUGUUCCCUUUGAACCUCAUUUAAUAAAAUAUGACUUAUUGAGUAAAUCUCAGAUAAAUUGGCUGAAUAAUUAUAAUUUAAAAAUUCGUGAAAUUGUUGGAACAGAGUUACUUAAACAAAAUAAAAUAACAGCAUUUAAUUGGAUGAUGUCCAGGACAAAUCUUAUUAAAUCUGCAGAUUGCAUAAUUGAAGACAAUUAAAAUAGUUAUAAUUAACAAAUAUAUAUUUGUUAAUUUUUUCUACAAAAUAUUAGUU